AUGGCAGCCGUGAAUCAUCAAGUAGAAGUUAAACCAUGUUCCACGUAUGCUGCUAAAAAAGUUAGGAAAUCUCUGCAGUCAGUGUGUGGACGACCUGUACGCUCAAGCCGUAUUGUGCGUGGUGAGCACUGGCCUUGGCAGGUCGGCCUGCACUUGGGCGAGUCCCACGUCUGUAGAGGUUCCCUCAUCGGUGACAGGUGGAUACUGACAGCAGCACACCGCCUACACAGGCGCUGGAUUCCUUUCUUAUAUACUGUGUGGCUGGGAUCAACUGACAUAGGCCAUUCAAAUACAGGCGUUAAGUAUCAUGUGUUCCGAAUUGUCAUCCAUCCCAAAUACCACGGUACCACGGCAGACACUGCCUUGUUGAGGCUGUUCUCUAGAGUCACCUACAGUUCUUCCAUCCUGCCUAUUUGCUUGUCCAGUGUCAAAAAGCAGUGGACAAUUCCAGACUCUUGCUGGGUGACUGGAUGGGGAAAAGCAGAAGAUGACUACCCUACCAUCCUCCAAGAAGCAGAAAUACCCAUCACUGAACACCAGCAUUGAGAAAUAAUCUACAACCCGGUGGGUUACCUCCUACCACAAACAGAGCCUGUCAUCCAGGAAAGCACGCUUUGUGCUGGUGAUCUUGAGAAAAGAAAGGAUACUUGCCAGGGUGAUUCUGGAGGGCCUCUGUCAUGUCAUAUUGAUGGUAUAUGGAUCCAGAUAGGAUCGUCAAGCUGGGGAACAGGAUGUGGUCUUUCUUUUCCUGGGGUCUACACCAACGUGACCUACUACCAAAAAUGGAUUACGUCCAUUAUCUCAAGAGCUGAGGCCUUGGAUGCCAACAACCUGGACUUAUCUGACUUCUUGCUCCCUACUGUACUGCUGUCUCUGGCUCUCCUGGGACCCUCCUGCGCCUUUGGGCCUAACAUUUUACCGGGAGAGCAGGCAGUGUAG